UUCUUCUUCAAUCUCUGAAAUUUUUAAAUAUCUAUUGAAUGCACUCUUUUGGCAUUAGAGGAUAACUGCCUUUGUUGCCUAAAAUCUCAUUCUCAUCCUAUUUCAAUCAAUCAAUUCUUUCUGAGUAAAACCACGUGCUCAUUGUUUACUUUCUUGAAAUGUAAUGCUGCUAACAGAAAUAAGUUGGUUUCGUUUGCAAAUAUUCAUAUACUUCGAACACACUGAACACGACUGCCAAACUUUUGAAAAUAUUUGGAUCAGUAUCCUUUGUUUUUGUGAUUGUACCAUUCAUUGUGCUGCUUCACGCUUGAAUUUUAUUCUUUUCCCAUUGAAGUGGCAAUCUCUGGAUGACGAGUAUGAAUUAUUAUAAAGUUGGCAAAUCACUUUUGCGCUCUUUGAAGUUGCAUUAUUUGCAUACCAGGUGCAUAAGUGAAAUACAGAAAAAGAUUAAAAACAGCUAUUAUUUCAUGUAUGGAGAUGCCAUGCUUUCUAGUUCUCGAAUUGGCCAAAUCAUUGAUAACAGUGCUGAUAAAUGUGGGGAUAGUAUUGCAGUUGUGUCAGUUCAACAGAAUAUAUCCAAAACUUAUUCUGAAUUGAGACAUGAGGCUGAAAGAUUGGCAUCUGGCUUGAUUUCCAUUGGUUUAAGGAAAGGCGACAGAAUUGGCAUCUGUUGUCCUAAUUGUUACGAGUGGCCUCUGGUGCAAUUUGCUGCAGCUAAAGCUGGUUUAAUUUUGGUUAAUAUUAACCCUGCAUCUCAAGCCAUGGAAUUGGAAUAUUGCUUAAAAAAGGUUGGUUGCAAAGCACUUGUGAUAUGGGAUAUGCUUAAAACUCAAGAUUACUAUCAGAUAUUGUGUGAUAUAAUCCCUGAUUUACCAAAAAGCACAUAUGGAAGCCCAAAAAAUAACAAGUUAUCGAAUUUAGAACACAUAAUUAUGAUUUCUGACAGUAAGAAAAAUGGAAUAUUAAGUCUCAAAGAUGUGUUUGAAAGUGCUGAUAAAGAAAGUGAUAUGAAAUUAUCUGAAGUUGAAAAACUAUUACAGUUUGAUGAUCCUGUAAAUAUUCAGUUUACAUCUGGUACAACUGGCACACCUAAAGGAGCAGUUCUUACGCACCACAACCUUGUGAAUAAUGCUUUGCUUGCCGGACGAAGAUUUGGAUUUAACUUAUAUAAACCUGUUGUAUGCUGUCACCUUCCUCUGUUUCAUUCUUUUGGUUGUGUCUAUGGAUCUUUGUCUUCAAUAUUUUAUCAAGGGACGUGUGUUUUCCCAUCUCUUACAUUCGAUGCGUUUUCGAGCUUGGCAGCAACCGAAAAAUACAGGUGUUCUGUUGUUUUCGGAACUCCAACCAUGUAUGUCGACAUGAUUCGUAAUUUCAAGUCUGGAAAAUUUAAUAUUGGAUCUUUAAAACAAGGAAUCAUUGGUGGAGCCGCAGCAAAUGCGUCCCUUGUGAAAGAUAUCAGAGAAAUCCUCGAUAUACCUCAUCUCAUGGUGGGAUACGGAGCGACGGAGACAAGUCCGGCCGUCUCCUCUACUCGAUUUGUUGAGGACUUUGAAAACGUGACGAAUGGCGUAAUGCAACUGGUGGAAUACGCAGAGGUUAAGAUUGUUGACGACAAAGGGCAACUACUACCUGUGAACGCCAGAGGCGAGCUUUGUGUUCGAGGACAUAACACAUUUUUAGGCUACUGGGACGACGAAGAGAAAACCGCCCAAGUUCUGGACAAAACGCAUUGGUAUCACACAGGAGAUCUUGCAAGCAUGAAUGAAUACGGUUUUAUCAAAAUCGUCGGAAGGAUCAAAGAUAUGAUAAUUCGUGGUGGAGAAAAUAUCUAUCCCUUGGAAGUUGAAAAUUUUUUGAACACACAUCCAUCUAUUCUGGAAGUGCAUAUCUGCGGCGUUCCAGACGAUCGGAUGGGCGAGGAGGCGUGCGCGUGGAUUUGCUUGAAGGAAGGCGCAAAGCUCACUGAGGAAGAAGUAAAGGAAUUUUGUAAAGGAAAGAUAAGCCAUUACAAGAUUCCACGGUACAUCAUGUUUGUCAAAGAAUUUCCAAAGACUCAAUCAGGAAAGAUAAAGAAAUCUGAAAUGACAAAAAUUGCUUCUGAAAAACUGAAAUUGUAAUUGAAAUAAUGCAGCUCUGUGUUAAUUUUGCAAAUGAUUUUCUUAAAUAUUUUCUAGUAAGCACUUUUUUAUUAUUUUGAAAGCUCAUUUCAAAAACAGUAUUUUAGAAUUUCAUGUUUUAUUAUAUAGUGAAACUUGGCUAAUUUAAAAUUACCCAUAUUACAAUAAAUGUUUGAGUUAUAAAAAGACUGAAUUAAAAAUCCAUUGUUGCAAGUGAAAAUGUAAUUUUUAAAAUAAAAGAAGCAUUAAAGAUUUUUUUUAACGUUAAACAGGAUAUAAAUAAGUAAUAAUAGUGAUUUUAAUAAAUAAAAAUUUUUAUAAGUAAAGAUUCUUUUGGAAUAUACAAUUUAAUACUAUACUGAAAAAAUUUCAAUCAAUAAAUAUUUGAUUAAGCACUUAUUAACGUUAUAUAACACUUUGAAUGCAACAUUUGUGGAAUAAAACUUCAAACAAAACAUAGCUAUUGAUACCAAACAUAAUCAACGUGUUUCGUUAAAGAAGAAUUUUGUUAUUUAUAAUUUGAUUGAAUAUUAUAUACACCUGUAAGUUCUUGAGGAAAUUUAAAAAAAUAUAUAUUUACUGCAGUUUUAUUAUCAAAUAAAUACCGAUAUAUUUAUAUGAUGAAAACAAUUCAAAAUUAAAAGAUUUUAAAUUACAGGUAAUAUUUUUAAAAAUUCAGGGCAAUAGAAAAAAAAUCGAAUGAGCCAAGUUUCAUUACAUUGUCACUGAGAAGAUUACUGUAACUUUGAAUCAUAUGAUUUGCCUCAUUAUAUUGAAUUGUACUAGCAUGAGUUUUAUUUACUGAAAUCUUCUUACAACUAGUCAAGAAUAACAAUUAUCUUGUAUAUUAUUAACUUGUUCUGCAUUAUUUUUAUGUACUAUGUAAUGAUUUUUUAAAUUUGUUUGGAGUAUUUGAUGAUGUGCAAAUCAUUUAAAAAAAUCAAUAUUUAUUUAAAAAAAAUUUUUUAAAUUUCUGCUUAUAACAUGUUUUUUGGAUAAUUUCUCCAUGCCAUGUUAUUGUAAUUUAGUCUAAGACAGAUUUAAGGACUGGCGCCAUGGGGCAUACUAAAAUUCAAGAAUUGUGAAAACACUGAGGCCAGAUUCUGUUUAUCAGUAUUAGAAAUGGAAAUAAUCUGAAAGGCAAUUUAGAUUCAAAACAUUUAAUUAAGCUUCAUUAAUACAUUCUAAAAAGCUACUUCACCUGUGAUUUUCUUUUUUCCUAUCCUUGUUUAUGCUGGAGCAGAAGAGUGAGUCAUUUUUGAGGCACAAACAGAAGAAGUUGAUUUGAAAGGAAUCAUAUUCUUUGUCUCAUUAAAACAGAGCUUUCAAUUGCAACUUCCAACAGCAACACAAGCACUUCGAUGGAUUUUGUGUUCAAGAUUCAGUAUGCAACUUGUAUUCAUGCAUACAAGAAUCAUUUAUCAGCAUGUAUCUCUGUGUAUUGAUGAAAUACUGGUGCAAUACAGUUAUCCAGCAACACGUAUUUGUGCCUCAGUAGAUUAUAUGUGAGGAACACGGAAAGGAAUUUCCCUAUAUAGAUGGGGGGGGUGCAAGAAUGGGAGCACGAAUAAGAAAGACUGAAGAAGGACUGGCCUGAAUGUUUUCCGACCCGUGGGCUAACUUUGGAAUUGUUUGGCACUAUAAGUGAUUCCAAGAGCUGCUAAUUAAUUUCUGGAAACUCCUUUUAUUUAUUUGGUCCUCUUGAUAUAGUAUUCUUUCUGUAUGCUCUUGAUAAAUCAAUCAAAUCUUUGUCGCUUUCCACCAUAACCAUGUGCUUAAUGUUGUUUUCUGAAGUGCAUUUGCAGUUACUUGUUUAAUACAUUCAAAUAUGCAAACAGUUUAUCGAUCAAAUCUUUGUCACUUCCCACAAAUAUGCCAAUGCUUUGUAAUAGUAGAAAUAUGCCCAUGUUUCUACUAUUACACAUUUUUAAUUAGUUUGACUUGUUUCAUGUUUGUCAAGAUAGAAUUUGGACACCAAUUUUUCACCUUUUUCCUGGUUUCUUAAAAAAUUCUCCCCCCCCCCUCCCUUUUUUUUUUUUUUUUAUAUAUUUUGUGUCCUUGAUGGUAAAACAUUAGCUUAAUAUCUUCAGAAUUUGUGUACUGAUUAAUUUCAGUUUUGAUUCCAAUCAAGUAAUGCUGACUGAUUGUUAAUAUAUGAAAAAAAAAAUUAAUUACUAGUUGCCAAAAAAAGUAUUAUGAAUUAAAGGCUGAAAAAUGAAUAAUAAUUAAAAUGAAUCUACUUUUUAUUACACUAAUAAAAAUGUGCUCUCAAAAAUUAUUUCUACAAAACUUAUUUGUAACUGCAUUUUGUUGAUUUUUUUUCUUUAAUUUUUCUUGAAACAUUAUAAUUUUUCUAUCUACUUUCUUUUUUGUUAUAGCAUAAUCUUUUAUGUUAUACUACAAAAUUUGAAUGUUUGUUGAUGUUUAAUGGGUUGAUUUAUUGGUUGAUCAUGGUAGUAUUAUAUUAAUUGUGUUGUUUUUUUUUAAUUUUGUGUAUGAUUUCUUUCUAAUAUGAUUCAUUAUGGUAUAAUUUAUUACACAUGUUUUUUGUUAUGACAGAAUGUAAUUUUUAAGCAUGAUUUAUAGUGUUUUGUAAAUCUUGUUUGUUUAUAGUAUUUUCAUUAAAAAAAAAUGUUUAAACUGCUGUUUUAGUGACUGUAGUGCAUUUUAAUGCACUGAUUUAAACUUUUGGAAUGUUAAAUGUUAAUAACAAAGAGCAUCCUUUAUUUCAACGUAUCUGUAUGGAGUUGCUUCUAAUUUACAUAUUUCAUUUCUAAAGGAAAUUCCAAUUUUCACUUGAACUAAUCUAUCAAAUAGCUUUAUCAAUCCUAGGAAACAAACCAUCAUUAUGCAAGAAUCUUCUGUUGAGAUGUAGACAGAUUAUUCUGCUCUUACAAUAGGUGUGAAUUUUAAGAUCAAAUUCAUUUCCUUCUCUCAUCAUUCUGGCCAAUGAAUUUCAAAGUUUGAUUUGUUAUUUGAUCGAACUUCUUUAAUCUGUAUUCAGUUAUUUCGGCAUCUACUAAACAGUGAAUUGCCUUGAGAUUCAGAAAGUAACAGGUAAAUAGACAAAAAGUGCUUUCAAACUGGAUGUCACAUAGUAUUAUUGUUGGAGGGAUCCUUCCAAUUUUUCCAAGCAUUCUUGUCAGAGUUGAAAUUUGGACUUUGCAAUGGUCAAAGUAAAUCUUAGAAUUCAGAAGCAUAUUCAUGGUACUACCAUUAUAUGGUUUUUGCACAGUCGAUGGUGGUAUUGUAUCCAAUGAAAGACCUUUUACAUGCUCCAUUCCUGCCUGUUAUGGACUUGAUAAACAGGAAUGCUCGGUUAAUCCUUGGAUGACACUCAGAAGCUGUUAGGGCUUGGCAAAACAGAAUAUACAUAUUCCACACCAUGAUGCAACCGGCAGAAUCUUGAUGGGUAAUGAGGGUGAUCUUGCUCAAUUUAGCCUCUUUUCUGAAAUGCUCAUGGGUUAGUAAUUUUCUGGCCGGUGUCUGCUUCCCUUUUUCUUCAGUUGUGAUUAAUUUUUACAAUUCAACAAUUUUACCAGCUGUGUUAAUUUACUUAGAUAUCAUCUCAUCUUUAGGAAUCCUGAAAGAACCGAAGAAAAUAUAGUUUAUGCUGAAUUAUUUCUUAGAAAUUCUAUAAUGCACUAGUAGUGGGACUCAUUUAUAUAAUUGGAGUCAAAUCCCAUGAACACAGUUGUAAAAAUAGCUGGUUUUGCAAAAACAUUACAGAAGCAAUUCUAAUGUUUCGUGAGCAGUAUAUGUACUAUCUUGAAAUGUAUCUAGUCUUCCGAUGUAGUCAUUAGCGUUAUUUGUAAAAUGUUUUCUGUAAUGUGGAAAGCAUACAAUGUCAUUUCUGUUAAUGGGCUACUGCUAUAAGAAUCGAUGGCACAGUUCGAUUGCAAAUACCACUGAGUGGUUUUGUGUUCUUUGGAAUCGAAACAUGAUCACAGAAACUUAAAGCAAGAAGGAACAACUCCCUGACUGAAGGCCCCACUCCUCCGGUACUAACGAAUGCAAUAAAGUCAGGAGGGAAAUGAGCAUGUGAUAUCCAAGGGGAAGAGAGGAGCAGAGACGAAAAGGGACUUCGGAGACGAACUUGGCCAAGAGAACAAAAGUCAUGUGAUUUGUCAUAAACUAAUAGAAUUUAAAUUUUGCUUUCAGGUUGAUCUAUUAAGCCCUUCUAUGUAAAUUUAUGUAAAAUAUAAUAUUCUAGAAUUGGA